GCUGCUGCUGCCCGUCGCGGCCGCCGAGAUGGGGGUCGCGCAGCGGCGGGGGCGGCCGGUAAUGAAGCGCUGAGGAGCGGAAGGCGGCCCAGCCUCUCGGCCAGCCCCGCCACGGCGGCGAGCGGGAGAACGACGCGGAGGAGGAGGAGGCGGCGGCGGCGGAGGAAGCCGCGGCCGGCAGAGCGCGGAGCCGCGGGGGAGACCGAGGCCGCAGCGGCGGCGGGCGGCGGAGGCCAUGGCGGAGAACUUGCUGGACGGGCCGCCCAACGCCAAGCGGGCCAAGCUCAGCUCGCCCGGUUUCUCCGCCUCCGACACCACAGAAUUUGGAACUUUCUUUGAUUUGGAAAACGAUCUUCCUGAUGAAUUGAUCCCCAAUGGAGAGCUGAACCUUGUAAGCAGCAGUGGAAACGUUGUUCCAGAUGCAGUUUCUAAACACACACAACUUUCUGAACUUCUGAGGGGAGGCGGUGGCUCUUCUCUUAACCAAGGAAUUGGGAAUGUGAACUCCGGCAGCCCUGUCCAGCAGAGCAUCAAUAGCCAGGUCUCGGCACAACCGAACAGUGUGAAUAUUGGCAACUUGAAUGUGAUGGGCAAGAGCCCGUUAAAUCAGGCAGACGCUGGUGUUUCAAGCCUGGCCAAACAAGCAGCCGGCACAUCUGGGCCCAACACCACAGCCACUCCAGGCCUGAAUUCUCAAGCACAGAAACAAGUGGGAAUGGUGACAAACAGUCCAGCAACCUCCCAGACAGGUUCUGGGAUAUGUAUGAACACUGGCUUCAACCAGGCUCAUCCAGGUCUUCUCAACAAUAACUCUGGCCACAGUUUAAUGAAUCAGAGCCAACAAGGACAAGGGCAGGUAAUGAAUGGUUCCCUUGGGACAACUGGAAGAGGCCGAGGUGCCGGAUUGCAAUAUUCUGUCCCCACCAUACAGGGAAAUGCAAGCAAUGUGCUGGCAGAGACCUUGACGCAGGUGUCUCCUCAAAUAACAGGGCACACAAGCCAGGCAGGAGCCAUGGCAAAAAUGGGAAUGGCCAGUAACCCAGGUCCCUUUGGGCAACCAUUUAGUCAACCUGGAGGGCAGCAAAUGGGAGCAACAGGAGUCAACCCACCACUACCAAAUAAACAAGGCAUAGCAAAUAACCUGUCUCCCUUUCCUUCAGAUAUCAAGAGUAUUUCAGUUACCAAUGUGCCAAAUAUGUCUCAGAUGCAAACCCAGGUACAGCAAGUGGGAAUUGUAUCUACACAGGCUAUGUCAACAGGGCCAACAGCGGACCCUGAAAAACGCAAACUGAUUCAGCAACAGCUGGUUCUGCUACUUCAUGCUCAUAAGUGUCAGAGGCGAGAACAAGCCAAUGGAGAAGUGCGGACAUGUGCUCUUCCACACUGCCGAACUAUGAAAAAUGUCCUGAAUCACAUGACGCAUUGUCAAGCGGGAAAGGCCUGUCAAGUGGCACAUUGUGCAUCAUCACGUCAGAUCAUAUCCCACUGGAAAAAUUGUACACGGCAUGACUGCCCAGUGUGUCUCCCACUGAAAAAUGCUAGUGACAAGAGAAGCCAGCAACCUCUCCUUGGGUCACCAGCUGGUGCAAUCCAGAAUUCUGUGGCAUCUGGAACAGGACAGCCCAUAACUCCUUCUCUAACUAAUCCUAACCCUAUUGACCCCAGUUCCAUGCAACGAGCCUAUGCUGCUCUUGGCUUACCCUACGGCAAUCAACCACAGGCACCGUUGCAACCACAGGUACCAGGCCAGCAGCCUACACCACCUCAAACCCACCAGCAAAUGAGGACUAUCAGUGCACUGGGAACUAAUCCGAUGAAUCUGGCUGCAGGAGGAAUAACUGAUCAACAGACUAGCAUGAUCUCAGAAACGUCUCUUCCGACUCCACUUGGAACAGCAAACACUUUAAUGAGUGAUGGCACAAAUUCUGGCAGUGUUGGAAAUCUCAGUGGCUCUAUGCCAACAGCUGCGCCACCUUCAAGUACUGGGGUGAGGAAGACCUGGCAUGAGCAUGUCACCCAGGAUCUGCGCAAUCACUUAGUACACAAACUUGUACAAGCCAUUUUUCCAACUCCAGAUCCAGCAGCUUUGAAAGAUCGGCGGAUGGAAAAUCUGGUGGCUUAUGCUAGGAAAGUUGAAGGCGAUAUGUAUGAAUCGGCUAACAGUAGGGAUGAAUAUUACCAUUUAUUAGCAGAGAAAAUAUAUAAGAUACAAAAAGAGCUAGAAGAGAAACGGCGGUCUCGUUUGCAUAAGCAAGGGAUCUUGGGUAACCAGCCCACCUUACAGGCCCCUGGGUCUCAACCUCCUGGCAUUCCAUCAGUGGCAACAACUGUGGGUCAAGCGCAGCCUGUGAGACCUCCCAAUGGCCCUAUAUCCAUGCCAAGUGUGCCCCUGGGCCGUAUGCAAACCUCUCAAGGAGUGAAUCAGUUUAACUCCAUGUCCAUAGGGAAUGCCCAAAUGCCCCCAGCAUCAGUCGGGCCUCGUGCGGCUUCUCCACUGAAUCACCCUGUUCAGAUGAACUCCAUGGCCUCUGUUUCGACGAUGGCUCUGUCUCCUUCCCGAAUGCCUCAGUCUCAAAAUGUGAUGGGAGCUCAUUCUGGCAACCUCUUGGGUCAGCCCACCAGCCAAACCCAAUUCCUGUCCCAGAAUCAAUUUUCUGCCUCUAGUGGAGUUUUGAAUGUCAACAAUACAGCCCUAGGGAAGCCAGCAGCACAGGCUGGGGUAGGACAGGGUCAGCUUCCUGGCAUUGCUGUUCCUAAUUCAGUUACCUUACUUGGAUCACAAAACAAUCAGCUCUCGUGUCCUCCAGUGAGCCAGUCACCCCUUCAUCAAGCUGCACCUCCAUUAUCCACAGUGGCUGGAGCGCCACCUCUUCCACACCAAGCCCCUCCAGGACUUACUCCACCACAGUCAAUUGUGCCUGCCCAGCCAUCUGCCCCUGCUUCCUCGUCAGGCCAAGCUCCCACUCCAGCUGCUGGCCCAGUUCCCAACACCAUGCAGAUGCAAAGCACCCCUUCGGGGCAACUGGCUACACCAGCUCAGGUCACCCCCCAGCCUCAGACUCCCGUGCAUCCUCCAUCUGUGCCCACCCCACAACCCCUUCAGCCGCAGCCACCGCCGUUGUCAACCCAGGCACCCAGUACUCCGCUAUCCCAAGCAGCAGCAAGUACAGACAAUAGGAUACCUACACCAGCCUCUGUUGCCAGUGCUGAUAUCAGUGCCCAGCAACCUGGCCAGGAAACACAAAUGCAAGAAAAUAAACCAGAAGUCAUGAUAGAAAAUGCUGACUCAGAAUAUAUUGAGGCUCAGCUGGAGCCAAAACCAGAGUUGGAGGAGGGCAUAUCGGGACCUGCACGAACCAAAGAAGAAACUAAUGGGGUAGAUGGCAAACAAGAAUCAAUGGAGAUAGAAGGAAAAAAAUCAGAGCUAAAAGAGGAGGAAGAUGGGAACAGCAAUGGCACCAUAUCGCAGUCUACAUCACCAUCUCAGUUACGGAAAAAAAUCUUUAAACCUGAAGAAUUGCGCCAGGCCCUCAUGCCUACCCUGGAAGCUUUGUAUCGUCAGGAUCCAGAAUCGUUACCUUUCAGACAGCCAGUGGAUCCUCAACUUCUAGGUAUUCCGGAUUAUUUUGACAUUGUGAAGAACCCCAUGGACCUUUCUACCAUUAAACGCAAGUUGGAUACAGGGCAAUACCAAGAACCAUGGCAGUAUGUGGAUGAUGUCUGGCUAAUGUUCAAUAAUGCCUGGCUUUACAACCGCAAAACAUCAAGAGUCUAUAAAUUUUGCACUAAGCUUGCAGAGGUCUUUGAACAAGAAAUUGAUCCUGUAAUGCAGUCCUUAGGAUACUGCUGUGGCCGCAAGUACGAAUUUUCUCCUCAGACAUUGUGUUGCUAUGGCAAGCAGCUGUGUACUAUCCCCAGAGAUGCUGCCUACUACAGCUACCAGAACAGGUAUCACUUCUGUGAGAGAUGUUUUACUGAAAUCCAGGGCGAAAACGUUACCCUGGGUGAUGAUCCUGCCCAGACACAAACAACCAUUUCAAAAGAUCAUUUUGAGAAGAAAAAAAAUGACACACUUGAUCCCGAGCCUUUUGUUGAUUGCAAAGAAUGUGGCCGGAAAAUGCACCAGAUAUGCGCAUUACACUACGAUAUUAUUUGGCCUUCUGGUUUUGUGUGUGACAACUGCUUGAAGAAAACUGGCCGAACACGCAAAGAGAAUAAAUUCAGUGCCAAAAGGUUACAGACUACCCGCUUAGGGAAUCAUUUGGAAGAGCGUGUAAACAAAUUUCUCCGGAGGCAGAAUCAUCCAGAAGCUGGGGAAGUGUUUGUGAGAGUAGUGGCCAGUUCAGAUAAAACAGUAGAAGUCAAACCAGGAAUGAAAUCUCGAUUUGUGGAUUCUCGUGAAAUGGCUGAGGCCUUCCCCUACCGAACAAAGGCUCUUUUUGCUUUUGAAGAAAUUGAUGGUGUGGAUGUCUGCUUUUUUGGCAUGCACGUGCAAGAAUACGGAUGGGAUUGUCCACCUCCAAACACAAGGCGUGUGUACAUCUCCUACUUGGACAGCAUCCAUUUCUUUCGCCCAAGAUGCCUCCGGACUGCUGUUUAUCAUGAAAUCCUUAUUGGGUACCUGGAAUAUGUCAAGAAACUGGGGUAUGUGACAGGCCACAUCUGGGCCUGCCCACCAAGUGAGGGUGAUGAUUAUAUCUUCCACUGUCACCCCCCUGACCAAAAAAUCCCCAAACCUAAACGUCUGCAAGAGUGGUACAAGAAGAUGUUGGACAAAGCCUUUGCAGAGCGGAUCAUUCAUGAUUACAAGGAUAUCUUCAAACAAGCAACUGAGGAUCGGCUGACAAGUGCCAAGGAGUUGCCCUACUUUGAGGGUGAUUUUUGGCCCAAUGUAUUAGAAGAGAGCAUAAAAGAGCUAGAACAGGAGGAGGAAGAAAGAAAAAAGGAAGAAAGCACAGCAGCUAAUGAAACAAUAGAGGGAAGCCAGGGUGACAGCAAGAAUGCCAAGAAGAAGAAUAAUAAGAAAACAAACAAGAAUAAGAGCAGCCUUAGCCGAGCCAACAAGAAGAAACCCUCCAUGCCUAACGUGUCGAAUGAUUUGUCUCAGAAGCUGUAUGCCACAAUGGAGAAACAUAAAGAGGUCUUCUUUGUAAUUCACCUACAUGCGGGGCCCGUCAUCAACACCUUACCCCCCAUUGUGGAUCCAGACCCGUUACUUAGUUGUGAUCUGAUGGAUGGCCGGGAUGCCUUCCUCACUUUAGCAAGGGACAAGCACUGGGAGUUUUCCUCAUUACGUCGCUCCAAGUGGUCCACUCUGUGCAUGCUUGUGGAGCUGCACACCCAGGGGCAAGAUCGUUUUGUUUAUACCUGCAAUGAGUGUAAACAUCAUGUGGAAACACGGUGGCAUUGCACUGUCUGUGACGAUUACGACCUCUGCAUUAACUGCUAUAACAGCAAGAGCCAUGAGCAUAAGAUGCUGAAGUGGGGCUUGGGCCUGGAUGAUGACGGGAACAGCCAAGGGGAACAGCAGUCCAAGAGCCCCCAGGAAUCCCGUCGGCUCAGCAUCCAGCGAUGCAUUCAAUCUUUAGUGCACGCUUGCCAGUGUCGCAAUGCAAAUUGUUCAUUGCCAUCCUGCCAGAAGAUGAAGCGUGUUGUCCAGCACACCAAAGGCUGCAAGCGCAAGACCAAUGGAGGCUGUCCUGUGUGCAAACAGCUGAUUGCUCUUUGUUGCUACCAUGCCAAACACUGCCAAGAGAACAAAUGCCCAGUGCCCUUCUGCCUCAACAUCAAGCAUAAGCUCCGGCAGCAGCAGAUCCAACACCGUCUGCAGCAGGCGCAGUUGAUUCGCCGCAGGAUGGCAACCAUGACCACCCGAAACGUGCCUCAGCAGAAUUUGCCUUCUCCUACCUCAGCAACACCUGGGACCCCGACACAGCAGCCAAGCACCCCACAGACUCCUCAGCCCCCUCCCCAGCCUUCCCCCAUUAGCAUGUCACCAGCGGCUUUUCCUACUGUAGGGAGAACGCCAGCGCCCCCUCCCAUUUCAGCAGGCAAGCCUUCCAACCAGGUGGCUGCUCCACCUCCGCCUGCCCAACCCCCACCAGGAGCUGUGGAAGCAGCCCGGCAGAUUGAAAUCGAAGCAGCCCAACAGCAGCAGCAGCAGCACCAGCAGCAGCAGCAGCAGCAACUCUACCGGGUGAGCAGCAAUGGCUUGCCUCCAGGCCGAACAGGAAUGGUGAGCACAGCAGUGGGGGCGGUCAAUCCCAUGCAGCAGGCUGGCAUGAAUGUGCCCCGACCUAACUCCGUCAGUGGCCCAAUAUUGCCCAACCUGCAGCCUGGGCAGUGGCAGUCAUCAGCUCCGGUGCCCCAACAGCAGCCAGGAAUGCCAAGGCCAGUCCUGGCCAUGCCUGGCCAACAAACAGUAACUGGCCCAAGGAUGCCAGGCGUACAGCCACCAACCCGAACGAUUCCUCCAAAUGCUUUGCAAGAGUUACUGCGGACUUUGAAAUCUCCCAGUUCCCCACAGCAGCAGCAACAGGUGCUGAAUAUUUUGAAGUCGAACCCACAGCUCAUGGCAGCUUUUAUAAAGCAGAGAACAGCCAAAUACGUAGCAAACCAGCCUGGCAUGCAGCCCCAGCCUAGCAUUCAACCCCAGACAGGCAUGCCACAAACUCCAAGUCCACUGCAGCAGCCACCUCCACCAGCAGGGUUGCAUGCUCAAACAGGCCUGCAGAAUCUGAGUGCACUGCCAGCAGGUGUCCCACGACCAGGGGUCCCACCCCAGCAGCCAGCCAUAGGAGGCCUGGCUGCACAGGGCCAGUCAAUCAGCAUCAUGAAUCCAGCUCACAAUCCGGCUAUGGCCAACAUGAGUCCUCAGUACAGGGAGAUCUUGAGAAGACAAUUACUGCAACAGCAGCAGCAGCAGCAGCAGCAGCAGCAGCAAGGUGGAGCUGGGCUGGCCACUCACAGCCAGUUCCCGCAGCCUCCAGGCCCUGGAGUUUAUGCCCAAGCCAUUCAGCAGCAGCGGAUGCAGCAGCAGCAGCAGCAGCAUCUUUCAAUCCAAGCAGGGGCCAUGGGGCAGCUAGCUCAGAUGGGACAGCUGAAUCCUAUGGGGCAGCCAGCCAUGGGAGCCGAUAGCAGCCCUAACAUCCAGCAAGCUCUGCAGCAGCGACUCCUGCAACAACAGCAGCAGCAGCAGCAGCAGCAGCAGCAACUUAAACCACAAAUGGGCUCCCCAGGCCAGCCAAAUUCCAUGAGCCCCCAACAGCAUCUGCUCUCAGGACAAGCCCCCCCAUCCCACCUCCCUGGCCAACCAAUCAAUGCCUCCCUCAGCAGCCAGGUGCGCUCUCCAGCACCUGUUCAGUCCCCCAGGCCCCAAUCCCAGCCACCACAUUCCAGCCCAUCCCCCAGGAUUCAGCCCCAGCCUUCUCCUCACCAUGCCUCACCGCAGACUGGCUCACCUCAUCCUGGGUUGGCUGUUACAAUGGCUGGCUCCAUGGAACAGGGACACUUGGGCAACCCAGAGCAGAGUGCAAUGCUUCCCCAGCUCAACCCUCCAAAUAGGAACGUGUUACCAAAUGAGCUGUCCCUGGUUGGUGAUACCACAGGAGGUGACACACUAGAAAAAUUUGUGGAGGGCUUGUAGCAUCCCAUAGUUUCUCAUGUUCCUGGACUUCUUGAACUGAAAAAGACUUGUAGCUCAAGCUAAACCCUAGAUGGGACUGAUUCAUCCUCUACCUGUGAAUAGAUGAAUGGCUGUUUAAAAAAAAAAGAGAAUAUAUAUUUUUUUGUUAAAGCCAGCCAGGUGUGGUUAAAAUAUCUGGUCUCCUUGUUGUGGGUUUUUUUUAGUUGUUAUUGUUGACUUUACUUUUUUAAAGGGGAAAAUGUGUCCAUUAUAUUCAUAUUUUUUAUUUGUACUUUCAAGACUAAGCAGCGGUGUUUAGCAAAGGAGAAAAAUAUUCACAUUCUAAUGUAUCUUGCUACAUUUCUGACAUUUGGCAGAAAGUUUUGUUUUGUUUUAGUCUUAUUCGAUUCUGGAUUUUGCAAGUAUCCUAAGUAUUACUACCCCUUGGAAAGAUAGGAACUGACUCUUGCACACAUGGACACACAUUGCAGAUGUAGAAAUUGUUGCUUGUUUUUCUCUGAUAAAACUGGU